AAUGCGUACCGGGCUACGGGAGAGGGUUGGAGGGGAGGGUUGAAUUUUCGGCGCAUCGCCCGCGUUAUCCGUCGUGACCGAGUCGCUCGCUACGUUUCAGCAUGGCGGCGACCUGCGUGGUGCAUCCGAUGGACGUGAUAAAGAACCGGAUGCAAAUGCAAAAGGGAAAGGUCUCGAUUUGGAGUCUGAUCGGCACGAUUUACAGCAAAGAGGGCGUCGCCAAGUUUUACAGCGGCUUAACGGCCGGCCUGGUGAGGCAAGCCACGUACACGACCGUGAGACUCGGAAUUUACAAUCAGAUGCAAGAUUUCUGGAGACAGAGACGCGUCAGCUCGCCCAGUUUCGGUGUUCUCGCGCUCAUGGCCGGGACUGCUGGUGCUACGGGAGCCUUUGUCGGGACCCCAGCCGACGUAGCUCUCGUGAGGAUGACAACAGACGGUAGAUUGCCAAUAGAACAACGACGAAAUUACAGGAACGUGUUCGAUGCGUUCGAGAAGAUAAUCAAAACGGAAGGAGUAUUCGCACUCUGGAGAGGAAGCACGGCCACGAUGGCGAGAGCCGUUGUCGUCAACGUCUCGCAAUUGGCGACUUACAGUCAAGUGAAAUAUUUGAUAGCGACACGACUGAACGUGCCGGAAACCAUAGCCCUGCACUUUUACGCGUCGAUGGUGUCCGGCUUCCUGACCACCUUCAACUCUAUGCCCUUCGACAUCACCAAGACCAGAAUACAGAACAUGAAGAGCACCAGCAAGACACCAGGCACCAUCGCAGUCAUGAUGUCCAUCGCGAAAACCGAAGGGAUAGGAUCUCUUUGGAAGGGUUUCUGGCCGACCUACUGCAGAAUAGGCCCGCAUACCGUGUUAACUCUCGUCAUCAACGAGCAAUUAAUGCACUUCCUGAGAGAGCUGUACGAGCGAUGA